AUGAAUGACACCAUAUAAGAAUCUGCUUAUUUACUCAGCAUAGCAUAUCUACUAUUGGGGUUGAUUUUUAUUUUGCUUGCAAUAUACAGUAUACCAUGUCUUUGGAAAGCUUGGAAAUGCAGACAGUUCUUUCCAAAAAUAUUUUAUUUGUUUAUUUUAGCAAUUUGUUGUGAUUAAGCAGCAUAUUAGCUGCUUUAUUUAUAUUAGGUAUUUAAAUCUAUUUAAAAGGUAAUCACAGCAAUAAAACAAGAAAAAUAUGAAAACUCAUAAACAGAAUCAUUCCGCAUAAUUUUUUUUCAAACCAUAUACAUCCCAGAUGCAAUUUUUUUCGUAAUUUAUUUUUCAUUAUUUUGGCAAUUCUUAAUAAUGAUGCAUCAUGGUAGAAUAAAAACCGGAAGUAUUUCAGUUGGUAUAAAAAUUAUUAAAAUAAGGUAAAAGAAAUUGGAAUCCGGAACAAGCUAAUUCUAAAGUCCGUUUAAUAUUAUAUUUAUAUAUAAUAAGCUAAGGAAUUGUAAUUUGGUAAUUUUUGGCUUAAGAAUUGUCACCUAAAGCUAUAAUGAUUUGUGACAUAGCUGUUAAUGCUUCUGUACCAAUAAUUGUAGUAAUAAUGGUUUUGUACUUAAAUAUAAAAUUUUCUGGAUCACCUUUUGUUUCCAAUAGCUAUGAGAGGAGUAACAAUAAAAUACAAUAAUUAUUGUGGAUUUGGAUUUUACUUAGAAUUCCAUAAUUAGUUGUUAAUGUAGUUGUAGUAAUUUAUGAUGAAGAUUUAAUAAAUUUGAUGAGUGGAAAAUUAUAAGUAACUUUUAUUGAAUAAUUAUUAUUAAUAUUGUUUAUAGUUGGAGAUAUUAUUAUUGUUUAAAUUAUUCCAGUUUUAAUGGCAAUGUCUACUGAAUUUUUGAGAGCAUUAUUAGCUGAUCACAACAGAAUUAAUUAAUUAUAAAGUGUAGAUACUUUUUAAGGAGAAUAUAACACUUAAUAAAUAGAACAAGGCAAAUUCACUCUUUAAAAUAAUAAUAGAUAAUAAUCAUUAUUUUCUGGAUUAAUAUUAAGUGAUUUAUAAAUUUGUGAGAUAUAAUCAUUUAGAAGAUUUAAUGGGUUUGGUGAAAUUAAAAUUGCAACUAUAAAAAAUGAUGCUAAAAAAUAUGCAGUUAGAAUUAUUUAAUUUAAAGAAUUAAGUUCUUUCAUAAUUGAUGAAACAAAACAAGAAAUAUCAUAAAUCAAUGAUAUUAGAAAGGGUUAUAAAAUUCUUUGGUUUGAUUUUAAUGAAUCAAAUAUGUAUUUGUUAUCAAAAUUCUAACCAAAAUUAAAUUUAAUUAAUUUUAUUCAAAAAAAUUCAGAUAAUUUAAAUGCACAAUUAAAAGAUAUAAAAAUGUCUUAUAACAAUAAAUAAAUAUUGAUUCGAAUUAAUAUUGCUACUGAUUUAAUUAAAGCUAUCCAAAAUUUACAUGAUCAAAAUAUAAUUCAUGGACACUUAAAUUCUAAUAAUGUUUUGGUUUCUGAGAAAUUUAAAAUUAAAAUUGUAGAUUAUGGAUUAAGAGCUAUUAAAAAAUAUGCUAGUUUGGUGAAUGGUUAUUGCAAUAAGAAUGGAUUUACAGCACCUGAAUGUUUAAAUGAAAAAGGAAAUGUAGUUUUCUAUUCAGCCAUCAAAGAAUCAGACAUUUAUUCAUAUGGAAUGAUUCUCUAUCACUUAUUUACUGAAACCAUACCAUUUUAAGUAAUUAUUUUAUUUUAAAUAGAAUAUACCUCUAAAAGAACUAGUAUAAUUAGUUAAAGAAUAAUAAUCUAGACCAAAAAUACCAGAAUCACUUAAUUCAAAUAUUGCAACUUUAAUAAGAUAUUGUUGGUAAUCAGAUUCAGUUAAAACACCAAAUAUCAGUUAAAUUCUAACAACUUUAAAAUAGAUAUCAGAGAGCUUAGAAUGA